AUGGGAGAAGAAAACGCGCUGUUCCUUGAUGACGUCUUGCUCGUCCUGGAAAAGACGUUAAAAGACCAUUAUGAGGAACUGGUUAAAAAGAAAGGAUCGGGAACCGUAAAGAUUGCUUCCUCGUUAAAAAGAUACAUCGUGAGUGAGCAAUUCCCAGGCCGCUCUGGUGAAGUGAAGUUUAACACGGAUGGAGAACGCUCUGGAGAAAUCUACGAAAUUUUCGAACUUAUAAGAUUCAAUGACGUUCACAAAUGGCUUUCCAUUGGUUCCCUUGAAAAAGGCAACGUCAGAAUCCUGUUCAACCAAUGGCAACUGGAAAGCAUGGGCAAGAAACAGGCAAAACCGGUUUUGCGAGUUGUCACAAGGCUUAAACCUCCAUACAUUAUGCUUGGACCGGCACAAAAACUGAAAUCGUCGGGCGAAUGCGAACUUGGCCGACUGUGCCGACAAUAUACGAAAAUAGACGAGAACCUCACGACUAACAAAUCUACUUCAUUUUCGUCCGAAGUCAUCACGAACAAAUCCGGGAAUGUGCAUGAUGACGAGACAACGUUUGAGUACAAAUGUUGCACCGGGCUUAUCAUGGACUUUUUGGGACAACUAGAAAAGGAUGUCGGAUUCAUUAGCAAAAUUCACCUUGUGAAGGAUGGAAUGCGAGGAAGCAAUGACCCGAAGACGCAACGAUGGAAUGGAAUGGUAGGCGAGCUCAUGCGAAACGAAGCCGAUAUAGCUGCGUAUACGCUUACAAUUACCGCAAAGCGAUCCAAAGUUGUGGAUUUCUCAUAUCCGUAUGCCGACAUCGCUAGUGGCAUAUUGGUUUCUACGCAACCAAUAUCACAUGACGUCUGGGAUUUUGUUUUUUUGGAAACAUUUAGUGUACAUCUUUGGCUUGCAUUCUUCAUUUCAAUUCAGAUUGUCAUAAGCAUACUGUGGUUGGCCGAGAGACUACGCCAGAGAAGGAGAUACCUAAAUUUUCCUCACAAGCGAGACAACUCAAUGAGCUGUGCUCAAAUCAUCAACUACACAUGGUCGCUAGUGUUCCAGAAAGCGUCCGAAGAGGUGGGACCUACUACCCUGGGAGGGAGGACUGUGGCUGCUCUGUUUGCCUUUUGUACAAUCAUAGCUUGCAGCUCUUUUACGGCGAACCUUGCCGCCAUUAAAGUAACAAAGAAAGAUGGAAUUGAUAUCAGUGGAAUACGCGACCCGAAGUUUCAAACUGGCGAAAUAAAAGUUGGAACACUUGAAAACUCUGCCAAUCUGGACUUUUUUCGAGACAGCACAGACCCGUCGAUGCAAAGAAUUUACAAACGAAUAAAAGGCAAUGUUGUCUCGAGUUAUGAAGCAGCAGCCAAGAAAAUACUCUCCAGAGAGUGGACAGCAUUCAUAGCAGACACGCCACAGCUUGCGCAUCUGGUGUCAAAACAAAGCGACUGUGGUUUGAAACUUAGUGGUGAUCCAUUCUUUUUUUCUGGUUACGGCAUUGCUUUAAGGAAGAACUCGACCUGGAACACGCGGUUGUCGAUUGUAAUCACCAGCCUAGUUCGCGAAGGAUAUAUCUCAGGUUUGCAGAAGAAAUGGCUGGGAACAGGCUGUGGUGAUGUCAAACAACCUGGUAUGGAAAAGAUGGGGACAGAUGAUAUCGGAGGAGCAUUUCUCAUAGUCAGCUUCGGGUGCAUUGCCAGUGGCGUGUUCCUUAUUUUGGAGUAUGUUGUAUGGUAUGCGCUCGUUAGAAAGCAGAUGGUGAAAUCGAGUGAAGGAGAAACGAAUGACCAUAAAGAACAUACCUGCUUUGGUGCUUUCAUCAAGAUGUUGACUUUAUGGGGCAUCACUCGUUCAACGGAUCACACGGCGGAUCAUCAAACCCUUCCCGAACCAGCAUCACUCAAGUCUUUUAAAACACUCAAUCAGGAAAAUGGAUGCAACGUUGAAAACUUCAAAUUUCAUCCAGCGGAAACUGAACAUUGACUAUAAUAAUCAGAGUUUUCAAAUGCGCAACUUGGUCAAUUCUUGUCGCGAUCAGUUUAGUUUAGGAAAACGAUUGUUAUAUGUUUACUGAACUAUUUUGAAAUAAUAGUAACACUGGUCACAAUUACCUGUUCAAGACUGCAGCAGUAUAUAUUAUGUUUCAAUACACUAUAUUCUAUGGGUUAAAAUUUCUUAAAAAUCUCAACAGAAAAAACUGAAGAAAACUGAUUGCAAGUCGUUAUAAUCUUUGUGAAUUUAGAUUCUCGUAAUGGUUUAGGUUCUUAUAAUGUCAGAUAAAUGAAAAAAAUAACCACAAAGAUGUCAAAAGACCUCGAACAUACGAGUGUUGACCACAAAGAUGUCACAGCAUUCGGAACACCAGAUGUAUGACAGAGUCACUGCAUAGAGAACGUAUAUGUAACAUUCCUCCUCCCUCUUUUAAGGUGUUCCAGAUACCCGCUUCCCAGACGAUUCUUUGACAGAACUUGCAACGUGUGAAUAUGUGAUAGACAAUUGUAUCGUUCCCACUAUAGCCCUUGUUGAUCAAUACAGUCAAAGUGAGUAAUGAUAUCAAU